GCAAGCGGCCCUAAGAAGGCUCGGCUUUUAAGACUACAAUUCCCUGCGUGCCCGCUGCGGUGAUGGUUUAGCUCUGUGAGCCAUGCUUCCCGCCCCGGUCAUUGUUACUGGAGAGCGUAGACCGGGAGGGAAUGAGUGAGAACGAGGAGUGUGGGAACCAGACGAGCUCCGGGUGUCCCAGGUAAUGUGACCCGCAUGCCUGGAGGUUAUAGAAAGCCGGGUGUGCAGCUUGCUGAACGGGGAUUGACAGCAUGCACAGGGCCUACACUCACCCUAUAACACCUUAUCCCAGAGCCUGGAGUGUGCACUCACCCUAUAACACCUUAUCCCAGAGCCUGGAGUGUGCACUCACCCUAUAACACCUUAUCCCAGAGCCUGGAGUGUGCACUCACCCUAUAGCACCUUAUCCCAGAGCCUGGAGUGUGCACUCACCCUAUAGCACCUUAUCCCAGAGCCUGGAGUGUGCACUCACCCUAUAGCACCUUAUCCCAGAGCCUGGAGUGUGCACUCACCCUAUAGCACCUUAUCCCAGAGCCUGGAGUGUGCACUCACCCUAUAGCACCUUAUCCCAGAGCCUGGAGUGUGCACUCACCCUAUAACACCUUAUCCCAGAGCCUGGAGUGUGCACUCACCCUAUAGCACCUUAUCCCAGAGCCUGGAGUGUGCACUCACCCUAUAGCACCUUAUCCCAGAGCCUGGAGUGUGCACUCACCCUAUAGCACCUUAUCCCAGAGCCUGGAGUGUGCACUCACCCUAUAGCACCUUAUCCCAGAGCCUGGAGUGUGCACUCACCCUAUAGCACCUUAUCCCAGAGCCUGGAGUGUGCACUCACCCUAUAGCACCUUAUCCCAGAGCCUGGAGUGUGCACUCACCUUAUACCACCUUAUCCCAGAGCCUGGAGUGUGCACUCACCCUAUAGCACCUUAUCCCAGAGCCUGGAGUGUGCACUCACCCUAUAGCACCUUAUCCCAGAGCCUGGAGUGUGCACUCACCCUAUAGCACCUUAUCCCAGAGCCUGGAGUGUGCACUCACCCUAUAGCACCUUAUCCCAGAGCCUGGAGUGUGCACUCACCCUAUAGCACCUUAUCCCAGAGCCUGGAGUGUGCACUCACCCUAUAGCACCUUAUCCCAGAGCCUGGAGUGUGCACUCACCCUAUAGCACCUUAUCCCAGAGCCUGGAGUGUGCACUCACCUUAUACCACCUGGAGUGUGCACUCACCAGACCUUAUCCCAGAGCCUGGAGUGUGCACUCACCCUAUACCACCUUAUCCCAGAGCCUGGAGUGUGCACUCACCUUAUACCACCUUAUCCCAGAGCCUGGAGUGUGCACUCACCUUAUACCACCUUAUCCCAGAGCCUGGAGUGUGCACUCACCUAUAGCACCUUAUCCCAGAGCUUGGAGUGUGCACUCACCUUAUACCAGAGCCUGGAGUGUGCACUCACCUUAUACCACCUUAUCCCAGAGCCUGGAGUGUGCACUCACCCUAUAGCACCUUAUCCCAGAGCCUGGAGUGUGCACUCACCCUAUAGCACCUUAUCCCAGAGCCUGGAGUGUGCACUCACCCUAUAACACCUUAUCCCAGAGCCUGGAAUGUGCACUCACCCUAUAACACCUUAUCCCAGAACGUGGAGUGUGCACUCACCUUAUACCACCUUAUCCCAGAGUCUAGAGUGUGCACUCACCUUAUACCACCUUAGCCCAGAGCCUGGAGUGUGCACUCACCCUAUACCACCGUAUCCCCGAGCCUGGAGUGGGCACUCACCCUAUACCACCUUAUCCCAGAAAUAUAGUGAAAUCUUACUUUUAGUCAAGUCUACUGCUGCUGGCUCUGCCUCUGACCUGCCUGCUUGGCUGACAUCAGCAGUGAUUCUCUGAGCCAAUCACAAUGCUUUCCCAUAGGAUUGGCUGAGACUGUCAAGUAGGCAGAUCAGGGAAGGAAGCACCUCUAGUAGCCAUCUGAGGAGUGGCCAGUGGAGGUAUCCUUAGGAGGCUGUGAUGUAAAUACUGCAUUUUCUCUGAAAAAACUAUUUACUGUAAAAAACCUGAAGGGAAUGAUAUUUACCAGACCAAAUAUAUAAUGUAAAAUUAAUUGUAUGCAUGUUUUCACUGGGGAUAUAUAUAAUGUUUUUGGGCAGUGGAGUGUCCCUUUUAAGCUAGUGGUAAAAGAGAGGCUAUUCCCCGCCCUUGAAGUUUACGGUUUUUGCAUAUUCACACUUCCUUGUAGAAAUAUGCUUAUCCCUGAAGCAGGGUGCUAUUCAGUAAAAUUUGAAUUUACAUUAGCCAGAUUGUACAAAAUAAAUCUGGAUUAUCCAGAGACCAACAUUAAAGUAAUUUAGUAUCUUCCAAACUGUGUUAAUUUAAGCUUAAUGCGACAGUCAUCAUGUGGGGACCUUCCGGGUGGGGUUGGUUGUGCAAUCUUCCGGUCAGUCCUCUUCUGAAGAGCCAAGAGCCGGCAUCACAGCUGUACUGUUGCACAUGUGAGUUCCAUAGAGGAUCCCACGAGAACUCUGAAUUGCCCAUAAUCACAGUUUUCUCUGCAGCUGACACUGGUGACUGCUGGGAGAUUGCCACUUCUGCAUGGCGGUAGCUCCAUACAGUGUCAAGCGUGGAAAAAAUAUUUAGACAAAGUAGUCCCUUCUUUGUCUCAGUAUAUCUUUUGACUUGACGUUUAUUAUUGUUUCAAGGAGGCACUCUAAAUUGAAGAAGCGCCUCUAGUGAGAGUCAGCAACUUGAGGCAAUCUUAACCCUGCAAUGUAAACAUUGCAGUUUCUCUGAAAACUGCAAUGUUUUACAUUUUAGGAUUAAGGGGACAGGUACACUGCACUCAGACCACUUCAAUUAAAUUAAGCAGUCUGUUUGCCUAUAGUGUCCCUUUAAGAUAAUCCCUAGUGUCUGUCUUCCAGACAGCCACUGGAGGCACUUCCUGCCUUUUACAGAGUUUAAAGGGAGCCGGUCAUCGUAAAACUAAUUUUAGCUGAGCAUAAAAUUCAAUUUCUACAUUGCACUUGCUGUUUUUUUUCUAGCAAAUUUAUAGAUUUGGAGAAAAACCUAUUAAACAAUGGGUUUUUCUCCCAGCAGACUCCUCGGUAUAAACUAAAUGCUGAGGAAGUGAAAGCCAGGGAGUGCAGAAGAUACCACCCACAGACCGUUACUCUAUGCUCCACUCAGAGCAGUGCAAAUCAACAAAGGUUGCAGUUAGGGAUGCACUGAAAUGAAAAUUCUAGGCAGAAUGAGAAAAUUCACGUUGCCCUUGGCCGAAAACUGAAAAUUACUUUUCCCCCAAAUGAUUUUAAAAUAGUUUUUUUUUAUAUAAUUUUAUUAACAUUAGACUUUUUAAUGAAUUUAAUGAAUCUAAUAUGAAAAACUUCCCUUCUCUUUUAGUGGUACCCCCUACCCCAGUGUUACUUUUCCCUUCCCUUUACCUUAGUGCCCCUCCCUAAUCUUCCUCUCACCUCCCUCUUUCUUAGUGUUCUUCUCACCCCCCCCCCCUUCCUGUAGCGUUCUCCUCUCCCCCGUCCCGUAACGUUCUCCUCUCCCCGUCCGUAGCGUUCUCUCUCCGUCUUCUCCUCUCCCCCGUCCCGUAACGUUCUCCUCUCCCCCGUCCCGUAGCGUUCUCCUCUCCCCCGUCCCGUAGCGUUCUCCUCUCCCCCGUCCCGUAGCGUUCUCCUCUCCCCCGUUCCGUAGCGUUCUCCUCUCCCCCGUCCCGUAGCGGGUAAUUCAUUACAGUUUCCCUUUAGCUCCAUGAAAUGACAUUGAACGUGCUCACACUUUGUAUGAGGUUGUUCAGCUUCUUCAAAAUCCCCAUAGGAAAGCAUUGAUUCAGUAUUUUCCUGUUGGUAAGGUCUAAUCCGUGCAAUACUGAUGAAAAUGGUUUUGGAUUUUGCCAAAAAGUUAAAUUCAACUUGAGCCUUAUGAUAUAGAUUUUCGAUACUAGCACCCAUACACUGGGAUAUUUUGAAAAACUAACCAAGCUCUAUGAAAACCAUCUUGACACAGUCAAAAAUUUAUUAUUUUUUUUUACUAAUUUGGCAUUCCGCUAUGGGAAAAGUUAAAUCAUGCCUUAGUCAAAUUAUAUUGCAAAAUAUAGCACUGAACCCGUCACCCUAACCUUCAUGCAUUUCAUUCGAUAUUCUGAAUAAGUAACCGCUAUAAAAACCAUCUUUGCUUCACCCACAUUUGGGUUGUUUUCUGCUAAUUGGGUACCCCACUAAUGAAAAUUAAUGCCAUUAAAUAAAGCUAAUGUCAGAGGGAUGCACAGUUAGUAGAAAAUAAACCAGAUAUGGACAAGCCAAGACUGGUUUUCAUAGGUGAAGACCUUGGUUACUUAUUGAGAAUUUUUCUUUGAAAUGUAUGGAUGUUAGGAUUUCAUUUUGGCUCAAGCCUGAUUUAAAUUUUGGAAGAUUGUUGUUUAGUAAAUAAUCAGUUUCAUCAAAAAUAAGUUGGAUGAACAGGAAGCCAAUCCAAAUAAGAAACUAGGUGAAUAGUAAGCUAACUUUCGCAUUUGAAUAAGAAGCUGAUCGAAAAAAAGCUAAAUUCAGCAAUGUGCUGCCUUGGAGCAUUUUUUUAAAACUUUUUGGACAAAAAUUUGAAGCUUCACUUUGAAUUACAAAACUUUAGCGAAUAACCCUUAUAGAGAUGUGUAAACUAAAGCCACAGAACAUGUUUAUUUUUUUGAGACCUGAUUGCGCUUUUCCCAAAUAAGAACUAUGUUCUCUUAAAACAUGCAUGCACAGUGACCGUUUUGCAUGGCUUAAAACGGAUAUUUUAUAGCUGACCUUUUAUUGAAAGAGCAGAAUUUUGCAUUCAUCCUACAAUGUAUAUUGUUUUUUUUGUUUUUUUUUUUAUAGUUUAGAGCAGAUGCUUGCUUUGAGCCCUGGGAAGACCCCAAUCAGCUUACUGCAGGAGUAUGGGACUCGGAUAGGAAAGACCCCUGUAUAUGACUUACUGAAAGCUGAAGGACAAGCACACCAACCCAACUUCACAUUUCGCGUAUCUGUUGGAGACAUCAACUGCACUGGUCAGUCCCCUGGGUCAUCCAGUCUUCGAGGUGAAAUGCCCGUAUCAUGGAUCCACUGUGCUGUCUAUAUGUUGUCCAUUCUGUCUUGGAGGGAUUUUCCAUCCAGUGACUCCAAUUUUACAGCAUUUACUGAACAGUUGAUAUUUGUUUUGUUAACACGAUGCUUUGCAACCAUUUAAGAAAAUAAGCUACUUUUCAAAUCUCUCUAGAUAUGUUACCUCAAUAUUGUAAUCAUGGGGAGGAGGAUAAUCUUUUAUACCACAUGAUUGGUCAGGUACAUUUAAUUAAGUGCUGCUCCCUCUAUAACAGUAUUAUUUGUCCCCUGUUUUCCUAUUUGGAGAUUGUUUAGGAGAAAUACUAUUUAGUUUCUCUGGUAUAGCGUGUAUGUUUAUACUGGAGACGUCAUAAGAAACCACAAGACUAAAGCUUAAGUGAUUUAUGAAUGUCCUCAGACCGUUUUAAUUACACACAUCAAUGUAUGCUGUAUACUUCAUUGCUAGCUUUACCGCUCUUUGCUAUCCUAGGGCAACACCAGGACAUUAGUGACCUAUUAUGCCUGAGCUUAGUGGGAGCUACACACCAGGGCUGCAGCCAUUAACUCAGCCUCUUUUCUAAAAAUAUGACUAUAGAUGAUGUGUCCAUUUAUGUACAUUUUAACUUGCUAAGUUGCUUGAGAUGCUGUCACUGUGCCAGACCUUUGUUUUCAAAUGAGUGUUGACCAUACUAUGGUUCUGACACAAAAUACUUCACUCUAAAAAUACUCUGGCAUCCAUCUAUGUGUAGCAUUACUAUAGCUAAAUUGGCUGUUAUAGCUGCUUGCUGUGGUUGGUCGUUUUUUUGGGUUUUUUUGUGUGUUUUUCCUACAACUGUGAAUUGGCACAGUACUGCUAAUCCACUUGAAUAAAACCAUACCUACGUGCUAUCAUUUUUUUAUAACAUCACUAGAUACAUUAAACAUAAUCAACACAAUAUGUCUUAUUUAUUUUUUUAAAAGCAUUUUUUCAUAAAGUAAAUACAAGCUUUGUAACCCGAUUUUUCUGAACACAUCAUUUUCAAAAAACAAAAACAUUUUUAUUUACAGUGGGAAACAGGAAGUUACUGCUAAUGAUGAUUGGCGACUAGCAUCACAUAGUCUCCCUGCAAACUGUAUCAGUAAUUUGUUGAGAGAUUGAACAUUGUGAUUCAAUCCCAAGAAGUGGUAAUAAUGCCUCAAUUGUUACAACAAAAAUAAUUGAUAUAUAGAACAUUUUAGAGACAUUGCUGCUUUAGCCUUCACAUUUGACUAUUUUAUGUCUAUAGCUUAUGUGAUAACUUAAUUUAUAUACCAAGUUCCCUUUUACAUCUCAGAUUCUGGUUCACAAUCUAUCAGCUAGAUUGGUAUGAAUAACUGUUUUUUGUUUUUUGUUUGUUUAAAAUAUAGACUGCUGUUAAAAAAAAAAAAAAAAAAAAAAUGAGGGCAUUUAGAUUCUCCUUUACUGGAACGGCUUGAACUUUUGUAAAAGCAACAUAAAACCUGUGGAAUUUCCACGGAAUCCUGUAGCUUUAAGAUUUCUUAAUCUAAGCAUAGCUGACUUUAAUUAACCUGCCUGACUUUAAUUGUGCACUGCUCUUAUUCAACAUUUUUUAGCAAAGUGUUAAUAAAAAAAUAAAAAAACUGCUUUGUGUCGUUUUCAGGACAAGGACCCAGCAAAAAGUCAGCAAAACACAAAGCAGCAGAAGAAGCCAUGACUCUUCUCAGAGGAGAACACAUGUUGGGAGACGCCAGUGAGGAAAACACGUGAGGAGUCCACACUGUAUUGAUCCUUCUUUCUUUCUGGGAGAACUUCGUAAAGAAGGGCUACUUCCUUCCUACUUGUCUAAAUGGGUUUUCUUUUGCUAUUAGAUGACUGUGCAGUUUAUAGUCUUUAGGAAAAUAUCGCAGGAAAGCAUUAAACCUCAUGGGCACAUUAUAAGAAACAAACCUCACAGAUACCUUCAAGUUGAAAUCAAUGACCAUUUAGGUGGCUUGCCCCCCACUUAGCCUCCUUAAAAACAAUUAAAACUCACCCUAUUUCCAGCGCUGCGCAGGUCUGCCGGCACUGACCCCGCCCCCUUGGCGACAUCAUUAGAAUUGACGAUUUUUAGCCAAUCCAAUGCUUUCCCAUAGUAAGCAUUGGAUUGGCUAAGCUAUAGUUGUUCUGGUGACUUUAGUAUCUCUUUAACCCCUUAAGGCGUGCUAUGCCGUCCUUAGUGACCUAGCUCUAAAAGCUGGGGCACACCAUAGCAAUUCCCUGCCGUCCUAUGUACUUACCCGGUCGCCGGUGAUCGUGGUGUGGGGAUUCACAUGGGAGCUCAAGGAGUCCCCCUCCUUCCUCUUCGGCCCUCCUGGGCCAUGUGAUUCAAGGACCUCGCAAUCACAUGGACGGCAUAGCUGUCCACAGCAAUGCCAGCAGGGGGAGUGCCUGUAAUGAUAGGUACUCCCCCUGCUGCCUGAAAAAAAAUAAAAUAAAACCGUUUAAAACAGUGUAAAAUUAAAUAAAAUAUACUUAGAUCAUAUAUAUAUUUAUUAAAUAUAUGAUCUUAGUGUGUGUGUGUGUGUGUGUGUAUGUGUAUAUAUAUAUAUAUAUAUAUAUAUAUAUAUAAGGACAGACUCUGGCACUCUUCCUUUAAAGACAUAUAUAAAAGAGUAAUAUUACCCGGGUGCUUCCCAGCCAGUAGGUACAUAAAAUCAAUCAGGAGCACUCCAUUGGAUUUUCAAAGAAGGUAUUUUAAUCCGGUGUUAAUAACUCACAUCAACGUUUCGACCCGACAAGAUCUUGAUAAAGACCCUAUCGGGUCGAAACGUUGAUGUGAGUUAUUAACACCGGAUUAAAAUACCUUCUUUGAAAAUUCAAUGGAGUGCUCCUGUUUGAUUUUAUAUAUUUAUAUAUAUAUAUAUACACACACACAUACACUUUCUAAGUGUAUUUUAAUAGAUAUAUAAUUAUAUAUAUAUUAAUAUCAAAGUACACGUACAAUGAUAUUGAUUAAAUAUAUAAUUAUCAUAUAUUUAUAUAUAAUAAACUAAAUAUGUAAAUACGUUAAAAAAAUAAAUAAAAAUAUAUGUGUAAUUUCGUUCUAGCUGUAUUUUAAAAUUUUAUAUAUAUAUAUAUAUAUAUAUAUAUAUAUAAGUAGCUUGGCACUCUCCUUACUUGAAAUCCUUUAUAACCGCCUGGGUGCAAACAGGUGUGCGUUCCAUAUAUAAAUGAAGAAUAAUCCAAGAUGCAUUCUCAGGACUUGUGCAAAAAAAUUUCCGUUUUAUUUUAAAUCAUGUGCAAAAGAAAAACCAACGUUUCGACCUCUGCAGGUCUUUUUCAAGGUUAUUAUAACUAACAAAUUAGUAAGUUUAUAUAGAUAAAGUGUAAGUGCACUUACCAAACUUUAGCGUUGUGUCCCCCUCACCGAAACCCGGAAGUGAAUUAGGACCGCCUCCCCGACGUCAAUAAGUCAGGACGUCCGGCGGAUUAUUGAAUGGUUGCCUUGACAACGUGUGUUACCGUUCAAUGCCGGUUACUGUGAUAAAGAAGUGAGCAGUCCUAGUGAGAAAGGACUAGCAAGAUGGAAGGAUUAAUCCGUUAUGUUAUAACUAUCCCCAUGAGGCAAUUACUAGUAUCCACAAGUCAUUGAAAGUGUCAACCUGAGUGGCAAAGUGCAAAUAAGGACGUGAAUGAGUGAUACUCAGCUAUAGAUAAUUUAUCCUAAGGCUAGGGGAAACGAGAAUCCCCCUGGUGUAGUGUUAAUAUAUAUUAUAGACUUAUAUUGUAAAUGCAAAUAUAAACCUUAAAUCAAGGUUAAUAAAAGAAUCUAACAACAAAUAAAUAAAUUAAACAGUACUUAAAUAAAUGCUAAGAGAUAAAUCUGGAGAAAGAUCCCUAGCUGACCGUAUAAUUAUAUCUAUAUAUAGUAUCUGGGAGGAACUGACCACAUGAAAAGACCCCCUAAUGGUCUAUAAUCAAUCAAUAGAAGAAAACAUCUGGAAACAAUCCAUUCAAGAAAAUUGUGCCAAUAUGUAUAACUAUGGAAAAUAUUAAACAAAUAUUAGAAAAGGAUUCCCCUUUCAAUCCAUAUUGUAUAGAGCUAGAUGUUCAAAAUGUUUGGACCUUUAAAUCCGUAAUAUGUUCUAUCCUAAGCAGAGGUGUAACUAGAAACCACAGGGCCUCAGUGUGAAAAUUUCCCUGGGUCCCACCCAUAUGUCUACCCCCCUCGCAUGCAGGCACAUAUACAGAGAGAGACACACACACACUGUUUUAGUCACCCUCUUAUUUCCUGCCUUUUCGGUGCAGGAGCGGGUCUUUCCAUGGGUUCAGUGGCUCAGCCUGACUCCCUCUUCUCCUUCCUCCUCCCGCGCAGCUCCCGUGGUUGCUGAAGGCAGUCUCUUCCUCACUGCGUUUGACAUCAUCAAAGGGGGCCCGGCAGCGCUGUUAAAGCUCCGCAUCGCUGACAGGGCCCCCUGGAAAUGAAUUGCCAUCGGGUGGCCCUAACAGCAUGUGGCCCUGGUGGUAUUACAUAGCAGGCAGGCACCAUGAUCACAGGGCGGCCAGGCCCCCUGGAGUGUCGGGCUCGGUUACAGCUGCGACCGCGGUAGAUUUUAGUUUGUGUUUACAUUCAGAUUUAAGAAAAUUAUGAAAUUUGAGUUUUGUAUAACCUUGGUGUGUAGAAAUUCACCCCGGAGUGUAUGCUGUGGCUUGCAAUGGCGUGUAAUUUAAGUCCUGGCCAGCAGAAAAAGACCACAAGUUUUAAGCUGUAUAUAAGUGGGUGUAUUGUCUGUCUAUCUAUCUAUGUCUGUGCUCUUAGGUGCCUGGUGUGUAUGUCCUUUUUUUUUAAUAUAUAUAUAUAUAGUAUUAUAUUCAAUUGUGUUUGAGACAAAUUGUUUUUGUGUUGUUUUUUUUUAAAGUGCAAUGUUCUCUCCUGAAUCCCCUUCGGUGAAGAAUGAAAUAACAGAUGUAUGUCCCUCACCUUUAUCAAACAGGUAGAUACUUUAUUAAUUUUCUGUUUUAAGAUGAAGUUGUCUGGGUAGAUUUAGUGUCCUUUCAAUUAAUCAUUCUGCCUAGUUGAGAGUAGUAUGAUUUUGAUAUGCUUCUCCCUUCCCUUACAUAUUUUUAUAUUGUGUGUUCAACCAAUUCCUCAUAUAUAAUAAUUAUAUUCACUAUAAUAUGCUAUAGAUAUUACUCUAUGGUAUUAAUUAUAACUAUUGCUUUUAGUGGCUCUUUUGCAGCUAUCUUUAAAGCAUGUACAACAGUUUUGCUUACCUUCACAGGAUUAUACACUAAAGUAAGAAUUGUCCGGAACUAAAUUGGAUGUCAAAUUUAAGACUAAAUGCUGACUUUUAGAGUUUUUUCAGUUCACAUAUAUUGACCUUAAAUUUGAAAUUCACUUUAAAUUACCAACAAUUCUCAAUUUAGUAAGUAAUAUUGCUAGUGUAGAAAAAUAAGCUGCUACCAGAAAGAAAAAUCUAAGUAUCUAACUUUAUUGUAGUGAUUUGACUUUUUUUUGAUCUUAUAAUUUUAAAAGUAAGCCAAAAUUAGAAUUAAAUGUAUUCUUCAAAGAAAUUUAUAAAUUCACUACUGGAAAAUACAUUUUAGGGAUAAAGUAAUGCAUAAAGGUAUGUCUAUUGUUAUAGAACUAGGCUAUUUGUAAAGUGUUAUGGUUGUUUUUUUUUUUUUUUUUACAUAUAAUUAGCCCUCCAGUAUGGGCUUGACACUCCCGCCUUGCUCCUGCCCCGGUGCUACUUUGUGCCUGGAGAAUAACAAUUUCAAAAAAGUGCACUCUGAAGACUUUUUUUUGUGCAUUCAUUAUUUUCUUUAUUGUGAAGAAGUGGUACGAGGUUUCAGUCUUUUGUGGACUUUUUUUCACAAAAAUGUAUUUUUUUUUUUUUUGGUUUUUUUUUAAACAACAUCUCAUAUGACGAUUUAGUUGCCGUAUAUGAUCAUACAGAGAACUAUACAAGAAGUGCGCUGUGUCUUUAAAUAUUCGAACGUGCAAAUGCAAUUUAAAUUUCAUGCAAAAAAAUGGUGUAACACUUGCAAUACAAACAGUUAUGUUCCAUACACCAUUAUUAUAAUAUCAUUCAAGUGAAGGUGCACUGUGCACAAAUAAGGUGUACAAAAGUGCAAAAAAGAAGAAAAUACUUUUACCACAAUAUGGGGAAUACAAACAUCUGACCACUCUUUAGUAGAAAAACGAUAUUCUUAUGCAUGUAUAGAAAAACGGGAAACAAAGAGGGGAGAGAAAAUAUAUUGUAAAACUGGAUGAACAGUAGUAUAAAUGUAAGAUGAAAAAUAUGCACUCACAAACGGAGGGGAGAUGAGUCUGCUCUGACUAUAAUAGCUCCAAGCAAUAAUCCCAAUGGAGAUGCAGGCAAAAACUCCCAAGCUGGUGCAGGUAAAAACCACAACUUUAUUGCACAUAAACUUUAAAACCACAGCAGCCAACAGAAAGGACCCUCUUCUUUGUUUCCUCACCGGGGCAGAGUCUCUAAUGAAUCUCGGGGUCUAGCCAAAGUUCCAGGAGCGAGAUCACAAGUGUACCUCAAUGCUUCCAUGGGGCGGGGUUUCCUUCGCUGGCGUGUGUGAUGACGUGGGUAGGCGCGAUGACGCGUUUCGCAGUGACGAUGGCUUCCUCAGAUUGCCAUCCCAUUGCCUGAAUCUCCUUUUAUAGGGCCAUCUUUAGUGGGUGUGUCCAAAAAAUUCAUAUCGAAGAAAAAGUCUUAGAAGUAUCGAAGCGUCCAUUUACAUUGAAUAAUAGCGGACACUAUAAUCCCUGGCUUAAUAACAUAAUGAAGGGGCAGUUCCAGAGAAUAAAGAGAAACUGUACAGAAGUAGACAUCUUUAAAGAACAAGCAGGGGGCGUGUCUAGGCACGGAGAGAGAUGGCCGCAUGAGCUCUUAGCUCCGCACCACGAGCAAGGCAAAAGCUUUCCUAAGUGAGAACCCUGCAAGAAAACAACUUAUAUCCCAAAGAUGUCGCAGCCCAAAACCCGCCGGAACCAAGAUAAGCCCGACAAGAUGAGCUUUUUCGCUCAGAAGAAAGGGGCAGCUCUGGCAAAGCAAGCAGACACAGCAGGCCAUCAAGAUGGCGCCGACCACUCCGGGGGGAGCAGCCCAAGAUCAGAGGCGGAUUCACUGCAUGACGGAGAACCGCUCACAGCUGCCUUCCUAAAGAGAGCCCUGGACGAACAAUCACGAAGGCUGGUUGCUACCUGGCAAUCCAGCGUGGCAGAACUGAAACGGGACCUCCAAGAUAUCGGGUCUCGCACAACACACGUGGAAGCAAAGAUGGAGGACUUAGUCGACGCGCACAACGCGUCCACAGAGCACCUAAAAUCCCUCACAGACCAGAUCCAGAAAUGUGAAGCAAAACUCAUGGAUCUAGAAGAUCGCUCUAGAAGGAGCAAUAUCAGGCUGAGAGGUAUCCCAGAGACGGUCCUCCCGGCAGACCUACCCAGUUAUGUGCACAGCUUCUUCAAGCUCCUGACACCAGAAAUACCCACAGACAUGUUGCUGCUAGACCGUCUGCAUAGGGUGCCUAAACCUCAACAUAUUGCCACAUCAUUACCUAGGGACGUGUUAGUGAAAGCUCACUACUUUCAUGUUAAAGAUCUCCUGAUGAGAAGAAGCAGAACCGUGAAAGAUCUACCGGCCGAAUACACAAGCAUCAAAAUGUUUUCAGACCUUUCAGCAGCCACCCUGAAACAACGGAAAACCUUCCAACAGGUGACAGAAACCCUACGCGCCAACCGUAUCCUAUACCGCUGGGGAUUCCCUGUCCGACUGAUCGUUUCAAGAAAUGGAACUACCACCGCAGUACAAACAGCAGAAGAAGGCAUACACCUCCUGCAUCAAUGGAACCUAACCAUCAUAGGCGACACGCAAGCCCCAAAACCACCGAGACAAGUGGUCAAGGACUGGCACACCGCCGACUGAGGCCUUACCGCAAGUAUACUCGCUUUGGCGGCCACCAUGUUCCUAACAGACUCACAAUUAGCAUUGGCUUCUGGCUAUUAAUACCACAAGGGUCAGCCCCCCAGAGCCUGACAGUCGCUGAUACACUUAGCUACACGGCAGUUUGCAGUACGCAAACAAAUGUAUAUUUUUUAUGCCAUCUUUACUUGUUCAUACCGUUUGCAGGAUGUACUAGCAACAUAGCAAUGUAUAUGGCCUAAUUGUUUAUAUGUUACUGUUAAUCGCCACCUUAUUGAAGCAUGAGUAACCCCCGGGCCACACACUAUUUGAUGGUCGCUAAAGACCGAUAACGUACCCCUUAAACCAGGGACACCAAACGUAAUACAGCAAACAACUCAUUCAUGAGUCUAGGCUGCAGUUACACCCACGCAGCUGGAUAUAACCUUACCGCAAACAUACCCGCUUGGGCGACCUACCCAAUAUCAUAAUGCACAUAAUUAACGUAAAUUCCUAGCCACCAUUACAUUUAAAGCCAGCUCGUUAGAGGCUGAAAUACGCAACUUGCAAUACGCAAAUAACUAUCAAUCUUCAUGUCGUUUUAUGUUUGUUUAUGUUUGUUCUUAUUGUUUGCAGGGUGUACUAGCAACAGUGCAAUGUAUAUGACCUUAGAAUCUAUUUCUUACUGAUACAUGCUACCUCUCUGAACUUACGUAACCCCCUGGCCACACUCUAUUUACCGGCCGACAAGGCCCAACAACCUACCCCCUAAACCAGGGACACCAAUAGUAAUAAAGUGGACGACUCAUGGGUCCAGUCUGCAGACACGCUCGGGUGGCAGGGAAGCCCCCCCCCAGGUAUAAAACCCAUUCGAGUUUCUGACCCCCACCCCCUUCCUAGAAUGAAGCACCAAAAGGGUUUCUCACCAUAUUUACAUAAGGUGCCUUUCACAUACCAUAUGGUUCAUUUAAGGCUCACACAGGACCACACCUGACCUAAGGAUGCUCCUUAAAAGACCAUUUGGCACCACACAUCGUUAGCCUGCUCAGGCCACCACUUGCCCACCAUCUCCGAUCCCACGCUCCCCACGGCGCUGAUUAGCAGCGCCUUGCACCGAGAUCGGGCCACCAUGUAUAUACUUUGGUUAACUAAGUUUAUUUCUUACUAUCCCUGUUUCACUCCCCUGUUGGGAUACCACCCUCCCUACCCUACCCAAACAUCCGAACAAAAACGUGCCGUACAAAGUGGAACCCUUGGGUCCUCGGUUUGUGAACAACAGCACAAAGUACACCUCACUUCUCAAGACACUGACCUGACCGAUAGCGCUCUGCCUUAUACCAUACACUGAUAGUUUAUUCCCAUAAUGUCAGAGGGCUCAAUAUGCCACACAAAAGGCAUAUGCUACUUCAAGAAGCUCGGAAAUCAAAAGCAGACAUACUGUGUCUCCAAGAGACUCACUUUCCCAAAGCCAAAAUCCCACAAUUUGGAAUGAAACAUUUUCCCCAUCAGUUCCACGCCACGCACUUGUCCAAAUCUAGAGGAGUCUCCAUAUAUAUACAUAACUCAGUAGCCUUUGAACUACUACACUCCAUUUCAGACGAUCAGGGCAGGUACCUGAUUGUUGUCUGUUUGUUGAAUGAUGUACAACAUACAAUAGUAAACCUCUACGCACCUAACGAAAAUCAGAAAAACUUCUUAACUAGUACCCUCCUGAAAGUGGCAGCUGCACAGAGAGGCAACACUAUUAUAUGCGGAGAUAUAAAUCAUGUAUUAGACCCAACCCUAGAUACCUCUAUGCCCUCCUCCACCAACCGACAGAAAUCCCUCAAACCGACCUGCAAGGCCAUAACACAAUUGUUGAUGAAAUUCAACCUCUACGACUGCUGGAGAUUGCUCCACCCUCUGGAUAGAGAGUACUCAUAUUACUCUAAACCCCACAAAACACACUCUAGAAUAGAUGUAAUACUUAUAGCAGGACCAUCUCUCAACCUACUUCAAAAAUGUCACAUUGGUGACAUCAUAUGGUCAGAUCAUGCCCCAAUACUCGCUACAUUUAGGGAUAACUUCUCUUUUAGAGGUUGCAACCCAUGGCGCCUCAAUUGUUCCCUUUUACACGACGAUAAAUUCAGCUCAGACAUGGAUAUAGCACUCAAACAAUAUUUCUCCGAGAAUGAAACACCAGGGAUGUCCCCAGCAGUGAUAUGGAGAGCCCAUAAGGCCGUAAUGCGAGGACUGUUUAUACGAAGGGCCUCUUUUCUAAAACGGACCUCCCAAACUAAAUACCUUAAUCUGUUAAGGAAACUAAGAGACGCUACAGCGUCCCACCUUCUCCACCCGAACCCAAAAGAUGCGGCAACUAUUGCCCAAACACAAUCAGACCUCAACGACUUUAAUAUAGCAAACACAACCCGAACACUACAAAAACUGAAAGCCAAAGAAUACUGCUUGGGUAACAAAGCUAGCUCGCUCCUGGCCACUCGACUCAGAGACGUGCAGGCACAAACCAAAAUAGCAUACCUCACUUCCCAAGAUGGACAGAAAAUAAUCCAGCCACAACAAAUCAGCGAACUUUUCGCAGACUUUUACAGCAAACUCUAUAACCUAAAAGAUGACACUACAGUACACCAGCCCACAAAGGGAGAAAUCUCUACCUUUCUAGACAAAGUCCGCCUACCUACACUCUCAGCGACCCAACAGGAGCUCCUGGCUGAACCCAUCUCUCAAACAGAGGUGCUCAGGGUUAUACAAAAUCUGCCGCCAAACAAAACCCCAGGCCCAGACGGACUGCCAAACACAUAUUACAAGAGGUUCUCCUCCAUACUCGCCCCCCGGCUAACGUCACUUUUCACUUUUACCACAACACAAGAGAACAUACCACCAGAUAUGCUCACAGCCAACGUGGCCACCUUGCCCAAACCUGGCAAAUCACCAACCCAAUGCGCGAAUUUCAGACCGAUCUCCUUAUUGAAUUCGGACGUGAAGAUCCUGGCCAAAAUCUAUGCCAAUAGAAUGACAUCUAUACUGCCGACCAUAGUACACUCAGACCAAGUUGGCUUUGUACGAAGCAGACAGGGAGCUGACGGCACACGGAAAGCACUCGCGUUACUACACACAAUGCACAGGCGCUUCCCCAACAGUCUCCUUUUGUCCUUAGACGCUGAGAAGGCCUUCGACCGCCUGCACUGGUCGUUCCUGCAGGCGGUCUUGGUCAAAUUUGGAUUCCCUACACAAUUUAUCUCCAUGAUCAAAUCUUUAUACAGUAACCCUGAGGCCCGGGUCUUCACGUCUGGAUUCCAAUCGAGGCCUUUUCCCAUCACCAACGGCACCCGCCAGGGGUGUCCUCUCUCACCACUCCUAUACAUUCUAGCUUUAGAACCACUAGCCGAAUCCAUACGCACAUCACCAGAGAUAACGGGAAUAAAAAUAGGUGGGUCGGAAUACAAACUAAAUCUUUUCGCUGACGAUAUCCUCCUAACCCUAACGAACCCACACAAAUCUUUACCAGCAUUUCACAAUUUACUACAACAAUACAGCCAUUGCUCUUAUUACAAAUUGAACCUAUCUAAAACACAGGCCAUGGGGGUGAGUAUGGAGGACGACUAUCUGUCCAACUUGAAAAGUCAGUUCCCAUAUGAUUGGAGGAAAGACCACCUCACAUACCUGGGCAUUAAACUCCCGCACACCAUAUCCAACUUAUACCAUCUAAACUAUGUUAAACUCAGUAAGGAGAUCACUAACACCCUCCUUCACUGGCGGAAUAAAUUUAUAUCCUGGUCAGGACGAAUAGCAGCGGUAAAGUUGGUAAUAUUACCCAAACUACAAUAUCUAUUUAGAACACUCACACUGACACUACCGUCCACCUACUUUAUAUCCCUCCAAAAACAAAUUAACCUAUUCAUAUGGCAAGGGAAGCGUCCGAGAGUUGCCCUAUCUACACUGCACCGACCAGUGCAGAUGGGUGGCAUGAGCCUCCCUAAUGUGAAACUUUAUCACAAAGCUGCAGUAUUGGCCAGCCUUCUCCCCAUCCACCAAAGCAAGUCCCCCCCUCAGUGGGUCUCCAUAGAACAACAUUGGUUGCAAUCGCAAGACAUACAAACAACAUUAUGGAUGUUACCCCACUCAAGGGCAAACAUCACAAAGGCACUCCCUGCUACCUUAACAACAUUGAAAAUCUGGGAUGACACCCGCAAACUUCUGUGCAGCUGCCACCCAACCCCCCUAUCAACCCCAAUUAAAACCCUGACACAUAAAAUACCUGAUUUCAACUUCAAAAUAUGGAACAGAUGUGGGGUGUUUUACGUACACUCCCUAAUAGAGAAAGGAGAAUUAGCCUCAUUCGACCAUUUAAAAGCCAAGUAUACACUGCCGAAUGUAGCACACUUCUCUUACCUCCAACUAAAAUCCUGGUGGAAGACCCAGGCUCCACACCCCAUAUCACACACCACCAACACCCUAACCAACUUCGAAAAGAGCAUCAUGGCAGACACGCCAGCAGCAAAACCCAUCUCAACCAUAUAUAAGCUAUUACUGCCCCAACAGGGAAUAAAAUCCCUCACAUGUGUACGCUCCUGGGAAAAAGAUCUAGACCAAACACUGCCAGAGAAGACCUGGCUGGCUGUAGCAAAUGCGACCAGAGGCCUGACGUUUUGCGCUUCACAUUUAGAGACAACUCGUAAACUUUUUUACCGUUGGUACAUGGUCCCAACACGCCUAGCCACUAUGGACCCACAAAUGUCCAGCACCUGCUGGCGCUGCAAACAAGAAGCAGGCACUUUUUUACACACCUGGUGGAAAUGUACAAAACUCCAGCCGUACUGGAAAGAAGUCAUUUCACUCAUUCACCAACACACCUCAAUUAUGAUACUAAACUCCCCCAACGCCUUGUUACUAUUCCUGUGGGAAGCCGAAUACCCAAAACCACUUAAAUACCUAAUUCUACACAUACUAGUAGCCGCCCAAAAUCUUAUCGCAAAAAACUGGCUAUCACCCACAAAUGCGACAAUGCGAGAAUUAAUCAAGCACUUGUCCCAAACUGGGAAAUUCGAAUCAAGCUUAUCCCGCAUCCCACCCAAUAAGAGCUGGAGGCAUGAAGUAUGGGAAAACUGGGAACUAAAACACCCGACCUGAUGACAAUAUUCCUAUAGAGCAGCCCAACCUUAGCGUUAAAACACACACAGACUACAAACAAGAUAGCAUAGCAACACUAGGCAGGCAGCAACUGGUAUCUAUCAGAACUAUGUAAAGUGUUCAGAACCAUGUAACGUUGAUUAGUAUCACUGUUGAAGGAUGUAUGUUCCACUGCAAAUAUCCCCUCCCCUUCUUCCUUUCUGUACCCCCUAUAACUUUUUACUUCAUAUCCGUAUAUCCAUGACAAAAUAAAAAUUGUCAAAUUGAAAAAAAAAAAAAAAAAAGAACAAGCAGGGAUGCUAAUCAGAAAAUCUGAGGAAAAAGGUAAUUAGAGAGGCCUAUGAAAGUAUAGAAAAUAUGCAACAAAAAGAUCUUUAAAAUAUUUAAAGACACCGCGCACUUCUUGUAUAUUUCUCUGUUAUAUUUAUAAGGGUUAGGACUCACGCUUAAAGGAGGUGCUGCUAUAUGUUAUAUAUAUGUCCUUGAAUUGAGAUUUUUAAGUGCCAUUGUUUUCACUUGUUUUAACCACUUGUUGUAUAUGAUCAUACAUUGCAUAAGCCUGUCACAACUUCAAUGUAUCCCAUUUUGUAACCUAGUAACCUGAUGCUUGCUCUUUUGUGAGCUUUGAAGUUGAUGUUUACUGAGUGAGUGCACUGACUCUUGUUUUAUGUAAUUGGCCUCAGAAACACCCUUAUAUUUUAUGCAUGUUUAGGAGAGUAUAGCCAACUAUAUAUAAUUUUCUUUGGUUUCAUUCUAGGAACGACACAAUUGAACUAAAACCCCCGCUCUCUGCACAGCAGUCAGAAUGUAACCCAGUGGGAGCAUUACAGGUAGGUCAGAUCUCUUUCACUAUAUCCUCUAUGACAAUCUUAAAAAAAACAAAAACUGUUUUCAUGCGAGUUGUUUUUUCCUUCGUAUCAUUUGUCAGCUGCAUGCGCUUUACACACCAAGAGUUCCUGGUUCCAACUUUGUUUACUUAAAACAGAACUGUCAUGCCAUGCCCCCUCCCUUACAGGGCCUGUAUUGUGUUUUGUUUGUUUAAAAAAUUAUGCAUAUUUUCUAGUGAGGACUACUUUUUCUUAUGUAUAACCUGAAGGUUGACAAAGGGUGUUUGUCAUUGACCAUCUUCUUCUAUAGUUACCUCCCUCCCACGACUCAGCCCUUCAUUAGCGUUACAUUAUCGACCUUCAUUGUUUACUAUCGUAAGAGUUAAUGCAAAGUUUCAGAUUUUAUGUCCAGAAAACGACAAAAGAUAAGAUUUACGGGCGCCGCCAUCUUAGAAUCUUUAUUAUGGCAGAGCCAAGAAGAACACCUGGCGAGACUGGAACAACUUUGAAAACAAUAAGUUGAACCAGUCCUGGGGCGUGGUGGUGGUGGUGGUGGUGGUGGGGUCUGGGCUUAAGCAGGAGAUCCCUUGGCUGGGAGCAGAGUGAUUCGUAUAGUGACAGAGAUACUUCAAGUACUAUCCGUUUUCCCCAGGAGCUAGUGGUGCAGAAGGGUUGGAGGCUGCCAGAAUAUACAGUGACUCAAGAGUCUGGUCCAGCGCACAGGAAGGAAUUCACCAUGACGUGCCGUGUUGAGAAGUUCCUGGAAAUUGGUAUGAUCGUGGAGAAAGAAUUUCUAAUGUAUUCUUAGUGUUACAUGUGCAGAAAAUGCAACAUAAUUACAGAAAAAUGGCUUAAAUUUUGUGAAAAAAUUGGAAAUACAUAGUUGAUGUCAACAAGCAGUAUUUCUUUUAACCCAUGCACUUUGAGCCAGACCAAUCGGAAAUUUUAGACGAAAAAGUGUUGCUUCAUCAUGUUAAAAGUAAUUUUUUAUUUUUUAUUUUUUAUUUUAAUUGGGGCUUGUUGGGAAAAAUAAAUAUAGAACGAAUAUUUGUAAUCUUGUUCUGCUAGUUUUAAAGGAUCAUGAUAGGAUCAGGAACGCAAACAUGUAUUCCUGACCCUAUAGUGUUAAAACCACCAUCUAGUCCCCCUGGGCCCCUCAUCCCUCCAUAAAUGUUGCAAAAUCUUAUUGUAUUCAAGCCUGAAGCUGUAACUCUGCAUGCUGUUUGCCUCAGAAAAACAAGCAGUCUGCUGACCUCUGCAGAAGUGGUGGCCUGAUCCAAUCACAAUGCUUUCCCAUAGGAUUGGCUAAGACUGACAAAGAGGAAGAUCAGGGGCAGAGCCAGCACAAUUCAAGCACAGCCCUGGCCAAUCAGCAUCUCCUCAUAGAGAUGAAUUGAAUCAGUGAAUCGCUAUGAGGAAAGUUCAGUGUCUGCAUGCAGAGGGAGGAGAUACUGAAUGUUUGGAUGCAUUUUAGGCAGACAUGACCCAGGAAGUAUCUCUAACAGCCAUCUGAGGAGUGGCCAUUGAAGUUAUCACAAGGCUGUAAUGUAAAUACUGCAUUUUCUCUGAAAUUUUUUUUAACAAAUUAAUACUUAGUUUCCUGAGCCAAGACGCCUCUGCUGCAGCCACACUUUCUGCCUUCGAAGAUGUUGGCCUGACUGCUGAUGUCUUCCACAAUCUGCUCCAAACCAGUGCUUCUAGUAGUGACGGAAGUGAUGGAUUGGAGUUACUCAUGCUCAGCCAACUGUCACACUCCAGGACCCACCUUCCCUCUGUUUUGUUUUGUCGUCGUCUUAUUUAACCCUGCAAUGUAAAUAUUGCAGUUUCUUCAAAAGUCUAAUGUUGUACAUUGCAGGGUUAAAAUGACUUGUCCGCUGCACUCAGAUCUUUUAGUUGAGAGUAGGGGGUUUGGGUGACUUUAGUGGUCCUUUAAGGUGGUCUAGAGCAUAUUUCAAAGUAGAGGGGGCCUGUUUCCAAAAGAUAAUUGUUCUGGCAAGUGUCAACCACCUGACAUCAUCAUAAUGUAUAGGGAGUAGGUAUGUUUGAAGAUCCCCUCCCUUUCCUAGGAACUAUUUCAAUAAUGCAUACGGUCUUCGUUUGAAGGGAUAUAAUGACUGUCAUUUCUAGGUAAAAGUAGCAGUGACCAUGGUUACCCAUUUGGUACUUAUAAGAUGCAAGUUAUAUUUUGCCUUCUGUUUAGCAGUUGCUUUAAUUGGAACAUAAGCUUGUGUAAUCAUAACAUUUCGUGUUUUUGGAAGGCAUUUCAAGUUGGUAUUGUUGAUGACUUAAAAAAAAAAACUAUUAUUUAUAUAUAUAUAUAUAUAUAUAUAUAUAUAUACACAAUGUUAAACAAAAAUCUGCACACCAGUCAAGCCAUAAGACUUUCUUUUCCCACAGAAAUCCCAAAUCUGCAGUGAUGUUACUAUCGCAAAGGAUUCUGGGUGGGCAUAUGCAAAUUAGUUUACCAAAGAAUCACAUUUUUGUCUCAUUCCAUUUUAAACAUGGAUUCCUUUGAGUCUGUGUUUGCUGUAUACAACCGCUUGGAACACAACUUAGGAAAAGAUGCAAAGCCUUGACUGGUGUGCAGAUUGUUGUUUAUCAUUGUAUUAACUAUCCACAGACUUCCGGUGGAAGGGGGUUUUCAAUUACAAUUUUUUUCCCCACCAUAACCUUUUUGGUUUUUGUUUCCCAAGCACUACCAAGCCUCAAUAAGUAAACCAGUAACCAACCUUAUGCUGAUGAUUUGCAAUAGCAAUGAAACAGCUGUCCAUGAGUGGUUUACUGGCUUUGCAUCUUUUCCUAAGUUGUGUUUCAAAGCUGUUGUAUACAGCAAACACAGACUCAAAGGAAUCCAUGUUUAAAAUGGAAUGAGGCAAAACCUUUGGCACUCCAGAUGUUUUGGACUACAUCUCCCAUAAUGCUCUUACACCCAUAAUGCUGGCAAAUCAGUAGUGUAGUCCAAAACAUCUGCAGUGCCGAAGGUUGCCUAUGCCUGUGCUAGCAUAUCAGAAGUUUCAGAUGGAGAGAUGGUGCCCUGUUUUUGAAUAAAAUGUGUAGAGCAGUCAAUAGACUCCUUACGUUGAUGCAUAGACAUCCGGGUUGAACUACAACUCCCAUGAUUCUCUGGCUAUCUAUUAGUUGUAGUUCGGCGACAUCUGGAGGUCCAGAGUUUGGAGAACUCUAAUGUAGAAAAAUGGAUGCGCUGGCUAGAUUACUUGCGGGGAGAUGAAAUAGAUUUUAUUUCUUUAUUUCAUAGGAAAUCAUAAAGUCAAACAAAAUUAAACCAAUUGCUUUUCUUUUAUGAAGUUUAUUUUUCCCAUAUCCCUCUUGUGCAAUUUAUUAAGACUGCCCUAUACAUUCAUCGCUGUAAAAUAGAAUAACUUGCCCCAUGAGAUAUUUCUUCUGUAGUGUAGAUAUACAGUAAUAACUGGAUUAAACAGAUUAUGCAAAUUAUGUGUAUUAAACUUUUAUUAGCACAUCCAUGGAUGAUUUGGUAGUUGGUAUGAUAAGUAAUGGUUAUAAUGAAUCAUUUUUUGGAAAUGUUCAGUAUUGGAAUGUAGAUUUUGCUUGCCUCUUGGAAUUCAGUUUUUACACUUUCCCUCAUGAAUUAUUGAGAUGACACUUUAGGUGAGGUCUACAUAAUUUGUUUUGGACAUUUUGUUUGUUUAAUUGCACACACAAAUCUCUUAAAGGAACACUCCAGGCACCAUAACCACUACAACUCAAAGUGGUCCUGGUGCCAGGACUGACCUUGUGCCAUCUCAGAGUAAUUGUUCAAACCAUUUCAGAAGGACUUUGUGGUGGAAAUCUAAUACUCGACCUGAGUAUCUCUGCCAAAGUCCUUUUCCCACGGAGUGUUGGUGAUAUAGCUGCCUACCCAAUCAACAGUUGAAACUUGAUAAAGGGUGAAAAGAGGAAUGCUUUAUUGUCUUACAGUGCACACAUUUAUAUACAGAUCCAUAGCAGUGGGUUGUUAACUAAAAUAAUGUAGAUCUCACUCAGGCGCCUCUGUGUCUGACAGAUAACUAGAUCGAGUACCACUAAUCUAAUUGACCUUCCGACAACAGGGCGCCUUAACAAAAUAUCCUGAAAUAUACAGUUCUCCUACAGUAAACCCCAUAUAUGAAAUAUCCCCAAAUAGCUCAACCCCAGAGAUGUCUACAGUUUAAAUAAUGCAAAUCAUCUGCACAACCAGUUAAAGGUUUGGCCAGCCUGAUUUGGUAGGCUGCUCCAGGGAAUAUCACCUAUAUAAAAAGGUGGUCGGAUUUCAGGGUGCUUGGUCUGGUUGUGUCGGCUAGGAGAAGACCAGAGCCACAGCAGGGUCAUUUUCAUGCUCUUCUUAAUUAGUACCGUCUUGUAACAGACUUGACAAGUUACCUAGGUCCUGCCAGGCACCUCUAACAUUUUACCCUGCUUGUGGAUUGUCCUGCAGAAGAACCUGGUUAGCUCUACAAUGUUAAGCAGUGCCAGAGCUGAGAGAGCACACCGAAGUAUGUUGUCAAAUUUCUAAAAUGGUCUGAUAUACAUUAGAACAGCACUACAGUAUAACCUUCCAGGCAGUGUUAAGAAUGUAAUCUCCAAGGAAACAGAAACGUUAAAAAUAAGGCUCAGUGUAUCAGUUAUAAAAAAAUAAAAUAAAAACCUAUGCAUUUCUAUGUUACAUAAUGUUGUUGGUAAAGUAUUGAGUUACAUUUAUUUAUUACUAAUGGUUUAUGUAGGUUUGGUGACCAUACACUGUGAGGUUGUUGUUUUUCUUAUUUUGAAAUCAUUUGUUUUUAAGAAGCAUGUUUGCAGCAAUUUACGUAAGUAUAGAAGUUUGAAAUGUAACAGUAUGUCACCAUCACCACGUUUUAUCCAUAAAUACUUUUGUUACAAAUGUAUUAACAGGCAGCGGAACGUCCAAGAAGCUGGCCAAAAGAAAUGCAGCUGCGAAAAUGCUUUUCCAAAUUCAUAGGGUCCCCACAGAGCAUCGUGACACAGGAGAAACGGAGCCUGAAGAGGAUCAAUUCUGCAUGGUAGCUAUGGGGCUGGGCUGGGCUGGGCUGGACUGGACAUGAUUGCAUUCCCUCUUCUAAUAGGGCUUUCCACUUGAUAUUGAAACAAAGUAACUGGAUUGUGAAAUGUGCUUUAGAAUUCACAUGUCACUUUACUAGUUCUUAGAAUCUUUGCUCGAUCCAUGAAAAACUGGCCCAGACAAAGUGCUUUCGUGUAAUAUGUAUGUGUAUACAACUUACCAUUACCAUAAAGACUUAUUCUGACACCAGACCUCCUUAUCAAACCUUUUCUCCCAAUUGCUCAAUGGUUUUAGUAUAGAUAGAUAGGGAUACAUAUAGUGUAAUACUAUUUAACUUUAUAUUCUUUGUUUUUAGAAGUGCAGAGUGAAAUGCAUGUUUCAAUAAUGACACACAGCAUGAGAGAAAAUAACAAGCUUUAUAUAUGUGAUUAUGAUACACUGCACUUUUUAUUUAAUUUUUUGUAAAAAGAAAAAUAUUAAGGUAAUAGAAACAAUGAGCAUUGGUUAACUGAAAUUGGCUAGGAGCACAAGGUCGCCGUUCAAAGUGUGGAGAGCAGCCUCAUACUGAAGUUUUGAUUCCUGCUGGACCACCAGGGAUCAUAGCCCCCUCCAUGCAAGCAAGCAGGAACAAAUCUUGCACAAAGCCUGAACAACACUUCACUCAUUACACCCACACUUCACACAUUACACAUGGUAUACACCCCCCCACACACACACACACCACAUACAUAUUACACACAGCCUGCACAUCCCACACACAUACUAAACAUAGCCUCCACCCCCCUGUCCCCCCCCAGACAAACUACCCACUGCCAGCACACUGAAGGAGGACAGAGGGAGAGAUUAUUUCUAGUUAAAACUUUCUUAUUGAUCAGGACAAGUAGCUUGUUAGGAGGAGUUGGGUUGGGUUAUGACUUUGGUCUUGAGGGCAAGUAGAUUUUUUUUUUUUAAAUUACCACACCUCUGUAGCAGGCAUCUUAAACACUGCCCUCAGGUGCUGCUAACCUGCAACUCCCAUGACUCUCUGGUUAGCUACUGCAUUCAAAGAAUUCUUGGAGUUGUUGGCUAUCAACAUCGUGGUGGGCCAGAGUUUGUGGUCUCAGAAAGACACAAUCCCACCCCCCCUUUUAUUUUUAAAACCCAAAUGCUAUUUUCAUAUUUCUGAUGCUUCACUCUAUCCCAACUUCCAAACCACAGCCACCACUUUGCACAUUGAAAGGAAGUAUAAGGAAGUCUUUGCCAUUGAAAACCGAAUAUUACAGAGAGUGCUUUUUUGUAAUAUAAUGCAGUUAUAUAAGUCAAUACAAAUUUUCAGUGUGUCUUCUGGCUUAUUCUUGCACUGUAGAGCUAGCCAUCAUUAAUUCUCUUUUGUCAGACUUCCCAUGUACCUACCAAGACCGUACACAAUUUGAAUAGCUGCACCAAACACAGAGCACAUAUUUGAGAUGAGUAGCACUGUGCAAGCUGAUCAGAUUUUGUUGGCCUGCAUGAUCUUUUGGUUGGAUAGACUUUAUCCAAAAAGCAUCUAAACAUGCCCACCCCCAUGGAGCAAGAGUAAUCCAGAAAAUAAAUAAUAAGCAUUCUUUUAGUUUACGUAAGGGUAAUCCAGAAAAUACAUAAUAAAUAGGCAUUAUUUUAGUUAAUAAAAAUUUCUAACUAACAGAAGGAUGGACAACAAAAACUGUGAGUGGGGCUUAAAGGAAAAAAGUAAUUUAGCUUCUAGUAAAUGGGUAUGUCUCCACAAACAUUUUAUUUUCCAUUCUUCCCCUACCCAGAGUUUUUCCAUAAACCCACUCAAACCUCCUUCACGUAACUUGGCGCUCCACCACCACGUCCCUAUUUCACUGCACUGUUUAGUAUACCCGUUUUGUCUAUUACUGAGAAUAUAUGAUUUUACUGUACUAACUGAUCUUUUACAUUGUGUAGAACACAGGUGGUGGUAAGCUGGAUGGAGGCAAAGGUCGAGGUGUGACAUGCACCUGGGAUUCCUUGCGGAACUCAACUGGAGAGAAGAUUGUACACCUGAAGACUAACACGCUGACCACCCCCAACACUAGUUUCUGCACUUUCCUACAAGAACUUGCAGAGGAGCAGAACUUUCAAAUUAGCUAUUUUGAUCUUGGUAAUUAAAGUCUGGGCUCCAUAGUUUUUGUGACAAACUCUUGCAAUACUUGAGAGAAUCCUUUAUACAGUACAUUUUUGAAUAUACCAUUUAUAUUUAGUUACAUUUUGGAAAAUUACAUGCUUUUUGUCAGAGGUUCUAAAUCUGUCUUUGAGUAUGUGUAAUGUACAAAUCCUUUCAGCAUUCCAUUGCAGGGAGGCGGAAAAUAGUUCUCUGAACGCUCUGUUUCUCAUGGGUAAAGGUGGCAUUUUGCAAAGAAAUAUAUAUAGUUUUAAUCAAAACUAUUCAAACGCCCUUGAAAAUCUGGUUUACUGUUAAAAUGUACAGACUUUCGGCGACAAUGAACAAAUCAAAUACAAGCAAUUGAAAUAGCGCAACACAAUGAAUGUUUCAAGUUUUUUCCGCAACUCCAACUGAAAAUAUUUCUUAUGACUUCUGUUGUCUCAGAAGUAUUCAACCCCCUGAAUAGAUUCCCUCACAACAGCACAAAAUGCGUGAGCUGGCUAGGGGUUUGUUGAGUGUUACGUUUGACUGCAUGUUAGAAAUAUGCAAUAUUAUAAGUAAAAAAAAAAAAAAAAUGGUCCACAAAGUUAAGGAAUCCCCACCCUUCAAAAACAAGGAACAUGAUACAAAAAGAUAGCAAAGGCACUAUAUGUUCCUAGCGAUGCCGUUGUAAGCAUCGUUUGCAAGAUCAAAGUUGAUGGAACAGUGGUUACUCUACCUGGACAGAGCAGAAAGAGGAAGCUAUCAAUUGUGACUAGCAGAUUUCAGAGAAGACCGGCUAAAAGCUAUCAAUUGUGACUAGCAGAUUUCAGAGAAGACCGGAAAAACCCUUAAGUGACUGCAAAAGAACUGCAGCAAGACUUGGUGGCAACAAGCACUGAGGUUUGAGUGAGUACCACAAGGCGCAUGCUAAACGCAGAAGGUUUCCGUGCCAAAACUCCAAAACGUACAUCACUAACGAUCCAAAAGCACAAGAAGUCUGCUCCCAUAUCCUCAAUAUCAUAUAAAUACGUUUUUUUAAUUCUGUUCUGGGGAGUGAUGAAACAAAACUGGAACUUUUCGGCCCAAUGGAUCAACUGUAAGUCUGGAGGAAGAAUAAUAAUAGUCUAUACCAAAAAACAGCAUUGUGGGGGCUCAGUGCUGCUCUACGGCUGCUUUACAUCCUCUGGCAUGGGAAAUCUGCAGCGUGUGGAAGUCAAGAUGGAUUCAUUGAAGUAUCAGGAAAUCUUAGGAGAAAACGUCAUGCGAUCUGUGAGGAAGCUGAAGCUUGAGUAUCAUUGGACCUUCCAGCAAGUCAAUGAUCCCAAGCAUACCUCAAUUUUCACCAAGGCUUGAUUGCAAAAGAAGUCCUGGAAAAUUCUAUUGUGGUCAUCAGUCACCUGACUUGAACCCCAUAGAAAAUCUCUGGUGGAGUUUGAAGAAAGCGGUUGCAGCACAUGAUUGUACUAACCAGAACAAAUGCAAUAAGCUGUAGUUGUUCUGGCGACUAUAGUGUCCCUUUAACUUAGUAGGCAUUUCACUCAAAUUUCUGUAGUUUCCACUUGCAUCCUGUCCAAACAGAGAAUAUGAUUGUUUAUUUUUGUUUAUUGAUUAGAGCCUUGCUUAAAGGGACACUAUAAUCACCAGAACAACUGCAGCUUAUUGUAUUUGUUCUGGUGAAAAGAAUAAUUCACUUCAGGCUUUUUGCAGUAAACCGUGUCUUUUCAGAGAAAAUGCAGUGUUUACAUUACAACCUAGUGAUAACUCUACUGGCCACUACUCAGAUGGCUACAAGAGUUGCUUCCUGGGGCAGUACUGCCUAGUGUGCAGCACUGCCAUUCAGUAUCUCCACCUUCUGCAUGCAGACACUGAACUUUCCUCAUAGAGAUACAUUGAUUCAAUUCAUCUCUAUGAGGAGAUGCUGAUUGGCCAUGGCUGUGUUUGACUUGUGCUGACUCUGCCCCUGAUCUGCCUCCUUGACAGUCUCAGCCAAUCCUAUGGGGAAGCAUUGUGAGUGGCUGAGGCCACCACUUCUGAUGAUGUCAGCAGACAGAGGCAGUUCAGGGUCAUAGCCAGCAGCUUCAAACUUGAAUACAAGUAAGAUUUUGGUUGGUUUUAACAAUAUAGGGUCAGGAGUAAAUGUUUGUGUUCCUGACCCUAUAGUGAUCCUUUAAGCUAACAUUUUUUUUAUUUUUUUUAAAUCUAUAGAUUUAUUUUUAUUUGUUUGUGUGUACGUUAUAGAUAUUACAGUAUGUGCCUAAAAUGUAGUUCCAUUUUCUUUUCUUUUUUUCCCCCAAGGUGAACGCAGCUUAAGCGGAAAGUGUCAGUGUUUUGUGGAACUUUCUACUCAGCCCAUAACUGUGUGCCAUGGAUCUGCCCCUUCUCGUGACGAGUCUCACGCAAACGCUGCUAAAAACGCAUUGGAGUACCUGAAGCUCAUGGCAGGCCAGAAGUGAGUCAGGUUGGGGAGGCAUAUUCGUACCUGCCUCCCCAUUCCCUCGUAAUUUAUCUCACAGCUAAAUUUCCUUAUUUCAGCUAUGUGAAGACUGCACCAGCCUGUCAUUCCUAAAAUCUCAUCCCACAGUAUGGUAUUAAGGAACAGGCCAGCAGGUCUCCAGCUCCUGCAAACCAAAGGGCUGCACGCUCUGCUACAGCUGAAAAGAAUCUGGGCUGGUAUCCCUGUAUCACUACCACUACUGAACUUGUAAAGUAGCAAUUAUUUGGCAUUCGGUUUUGUUGUUUUUUUCCCAUUUGCUCACUCCUAAAUCAUUGUGUUAAUGCGAAUACUGGAAAGGAGAUGCUUUCCUAUAUUGACUUCAAGCAAAAUUUUAAUUUAUCGAUUCUCAGGAACCUUACAAGGCAACAUUUGAACAAGCAUGUAUAUUCAUACUUGCACUAAAACCCUGGUCAGCCAUUGUGAUGAAAGCAUGGUCUGUUUACAAAAGGAGAAUUGCAACAGUGUACAAUACAUUAGGAACACAUUGGGCAGUGAAGGCUCGUCCAUAGGGACAUUUGAGCAGCGCACCUCCAGAUAAUUGUUGUAAUAAUAAUAAUAAUAAAAUCUCUUGCCAGUGGUAAAAAGCGUGAAUUACUGACCUUGUUUCCCUUUGGGAAAAGUUAACUUGCAAAUUUUCAUUAUAAAUAGAAAACAUAUAAUACUGCAGUGCUUUGAUGUCCCUCCCCCUUCCUCCACCAAAGCAUAAACGGACUCAUUAAUUAUAAAGGAUGGCUGUAUGGAUAUGCUAUUGAGGGUAACUGGGAGAAUUUAAGUUGAUUUAAAAAAAAAAAAAUGUAUUUAUCCAAUUAGAGGGCACACUGGACUUGCUCAGUAUGCAUCUAGAAGUGAUUUUCAGAUGAGCGGCUAAAUUGGAUGCUGAGUGUAUGAUAGUUCAAAAAAAUCUCAUCCAUUACUUGCUAGUAACGCUUGAUGCAGUGCAUGGAGCUUAUCAUGCACAGGUUGUAAGUUUAAUUCCUUUUUUAUAUGCUCAUUCUAUAUACAUGAGAUUCUGAGGGUAUGAUUUAAACUCCUGCAUUUUUAUUUGUAAAGUGUUUUUUUUUUUUUUUUGCUAGUUCUGCUUCCAAAAGUGCAAUGUAGUUAUCGCAUGUAUGUUAACUUGCUAUAUUUAGUGGAAGCCCUCAUUAUGAAAACCUCAUUAAUUAUACUUAUUCAGUUUCUGUGGAGUGAACAUGCAACAGUGAAUAUUUAUUGUCUUGUGUGUUGAUCCAGGUAAAAUAAUUCACUGCAUGUAAUGUCUCCAGCAAUGUUUGAUUUAUCAGAUUUUUAUCAUAUUUAACAAAAAAAAUAGAGAAAAUAUUUCCCCAUAAGAUGAUUUGAACCCGGGUCACUAUAUCAAAAGUACAAGCUCCUAAACAGUAGGCUACAGUGGAACUCACAAAGUGUCAGUGCUAUGUUUUGAUUAGAGCCUUGCUUAAAGGGACACUAUAGUCACCAGAACAACUACAGCUUAUUGUAGUUGUUCUGGUGAGUAUAACCAGCCCUUUCAGGCAUUUUGCAGUAAACACGGUUUUCUUUCAGAGAAAAUGCUGUGUUUACAUUAUAGCCUAAGGAUACCUCUACUGGCCACUAAUCAUAUGGCUACUAGAGGUGCUUCCUGGGGCAGUGCUUUACAGUGUGCAGCACUAACAUUCAGUCUCUCCACCUUCUACACGGAGACACUGAACUUUCCUCAUAGAGAUAGAUUGAUUCAAUGAGGAGAUGGUGGUUGGCCAGGGCUGUGUUUGGCUUGUGCUGGCUGUGCCCCUGAUCUGCCUCCUUGACAAGCUCAGCCUAUGGGAAAGUAUUGUGAUUGGCUCAGAUCACCACUUCUAAUGAUGUCGGUGAAGGAGGCAGAUCACGGGCAGACUGAAAUAAAGGUAAGAUCUUAUUAAAUUGAGGGGGGCUGUUUGUAUUCCUGACCCUAUAAUGUUCCUUUAAUGUCAGCACUGUGUGUGGCUGUGCCAUCCAAUAGGAACACUGUGUGCAUUUUAAAAAAUGUCUUCCUCGUGUCAGCUCUAUAUGUGUCUGAUGAAAAUGUGUUUCACAAACUUCAGCACUGUGUGCCUUCUGGGAAUGUUUCUCCCAGACCUACCACAUUAUUUGUUUCUAUUUAACCGUGCUGCCAGACUGAGCUUUCCAGGUACUUUUCUAUUAUUGUUUUGUUCUGUAUCCUCAAGUCUAAUUUUUUAACUUGGAUUUUUCUGUGACAAUUGUAAUAAUCUAAUAUUUUAACAUAAUUUAUUGUGCCAAAGUAGGAAUGGUGUAACUCAUUAACCUUGGUAAUUUCCUGCAUGAUAAUUCAUAAACCUUAGCAAUUUCCUGUAUACUUAGUAAUACAUAAUUUUAUUAAAGACACCAAGGCUUCUAUUAUGCAUUAUUUCUUUAUUUUCCUUCAACAGCAAAAAAAAAAAUGAUGAGAGAAAAUCAUCAGUAAAACACAACAUUGACUAGCAACACUGCAAC